UAGAGUCUCCACCACCUCAGACUCAAGCUGCCCAUCCUCGGGUCAUCCUAGCUUUCCAACUCAUCUCUUUUGGUGCGUACUAAGCCGCUUCAGUCGUGUCCCACUCUUUGAGACCCUAUGGACUGUAGCCCGACAGACUUCUCUCUCCAUAGGAUUCUCCAGGCAAGAAUACUGGAGUGGGCUAGCAUGUCCUUCUCCAGGGGACCUUCCCGACCCAGGGAUCGAACCUGAGUCUCUUAGGUCUCCUGCAUUGGCAGGCAGGUUCUUUAUCACUAGCGCCAUCUGGGAAGUCCCUCAUCCCUUCUAGUUUCCCAGCUUCAAAAAUUCGUCUGCCAGCGCUCCCCACACUGUCAUACAGACAGGAACCACCUGGGAAUCUCGCUCCAGAUUCCAAUUCAGUGGGUCUCAUUGGCCUGAGAUUCUUCAUUUCAUGAGAGCUCCCAGGAGAUGCUGCUGCUGCUACUGCUGCUGGUCCACGGACCAAAGUUGAGUGGCAAGGGGUCUUCAUCCCCAGAUCUCCCGUUCCACACACCGGACUACUUUCAGUCCCUCAUGUCCUUGCUGUUAGGGGAAACACUGACUGGAACCGCCCACUUUAGCCAUGCACCAUAGUAAUUAUUUGCAUGAUUUGUGUUAUGAGAGGACGUCCUGAUAAAAACACAAAAUUAACAAGCCACCGCCAACCAGAAGAAUUUCGGGGCCGCCUUGGAGACGUGGGAGGACGCACAGGGUCUGGCCUCUCUGCGGGCGUCCUGCCCAUUCUCCCCGCCCCGGCGCUCUAGCCCCCAGCCCCGAGCCUUAGCUGCUCCCCCGCUCCACGAUCUCUGGACGCCGCGAAGGGUCCCGGCUGGACAGAUGUCCGGAGCUAUCUUCACGCCUCUGGAGGGGCCGGGCGCCCUGGAUGGGACAAGCGGCCACCCCCUCGUUUGCCCGCUGUGCCACGCGCAGUAUGAGCGCCCGUGCCUGCUGGACUGCUUUCAUGAGUUCUGCGCCGGCUGCCUGCGUGGCCGUGCUGCCGAUGGCCGCCUCGCCUGCCCUCUGUGCCAGCACCAGACGGUGGUGAAGGGCCCCAGCGGGCUCCCUCCAGUGGAUCGGCUGUUGCAGUUCCUGGUGGACAGCUCAGGGGAUGGCACCGAGGUGGUGCGCUGCGCCAACUGCGACCUGGAGUGCGGCAAGCAGGACGCGGAGACCACAUACUUCUGCAACACUUGCGGGCAGCCGCUGUGCGCGCGCUGCCGCGACGAGACGCACCGGGCACGCAUGUUCGCGCGCCACGACAUCGUGGCCUUGGGCCAGCGCAGCCGCGACGUGCUCCAGAAGUGCACGCUGCACGCCGAGCCCUAUGUCCUGUUCUCCACCGACAAGAAGUCGCUGCUGUGCAUCCGCUGCUUCCGGGACAUGCAGGGGGAGAGCCGCGUCCACUGCGUGGACCUCGAGUCAGCUUACGUCCAGGGCUGCGAGCGGCUGCAGCAGGCGGUGCUGGAGGUGAAGGCCCUGCAGACCGCCACGCGAGAGGCCACCGAGCUGCUGCAGGCGAUGGUGGAGGAGGUGCGACGCAGCGCGGCAGAGGAGGAGGCCGCCAUCCACGCCCUCUUCAGCAGCAUGCAGGACAAACUGUUAGAGAGGAAAGCGCUGCUGCUGCAGGCCGUGCAGAGCCAGUAUGAAGAGAAGGACAAGGCCUUCAAGGAGCAGCUCUCCCAUCUGGCCACUCUGCUGCCCACCCUGCAGGUUCACCUGGUCAUCUGCUCUUCCUUCCUCAGCUUGGCCAACAAGGCCGAGUUCCUGGACCUGGGCUAUGAGCUGAUGGAGAGAUUGCAGGGCAUCGUCACGCGGCCACAUCGCCUGCGGCCGGCACAGAGCAGCAAGAUCGCCAGCGACCACCGUGCCGAGUUCGCGCGCUGCCUGGAGCCGCUACUGCUGCUGGGGCCACGCCGGGCGGCGGGUGCCGGGGGUGGCACCAGCACGCUCGCAGGGGGCCCGGGCCCCAAGGUGCUGAUGGGGCCCGGCUGCCCUUCCCCAGUGGGGAAGAUGUUGGGGUCACCGGUCCAAAAGCCCACACUGCACCGGUCCAUCAGCACCAAGGUGCUGCUGGCGGAGGGCGAGGACUCACCCUUCACGGAGCACUGCCGCCACUACGAGGACUCCUACCGGCGCCUGCAGGCAGAGAUGCAGAACCUGAAGGACCAGGUACAGGAGCUGCACCGGGACCUCACCAAGCACCAUUCCCUCAUCAAAGCCGAGAUCAUGGGUGACAUCUUACACAAGGCCCUGCAGGUGGAUGCCCAGAUCGCCUCGGAGUAUGCUUCCGUGGAGGGCCUGAGAGCAGUCUUCCAGGAGAUUUGGGAGGACUCCUACCAGCGGGUGGUUAACGAACAGGAGAUAUAUGAAGCCCAGCUCCAUGACCUUCUCCAGCUGAAGCAGGAGAAUGCCUACCUGACCACCAUCACCAAGCAAAUCACGCCCUACGUCCGCUCCAUUGCCAAGGUGAAGGAGCGACUGGAGCCCAGGUUUCAGGUCCCUGUGGAUGAACCAUCAGACCAUCCACAAAACAUGCAUGAUGAUGGCGUGAAUGCUGAGGUCCCGGCCAGGAGCGAUCCAGUAAGUGUCACAGAGAAGAAGGAGAAGAACUCAGAGCCGAGAAACAGCCGAGCUCUGGGCAGCCUUGCAGAGGAGCCUCCACUGAAAAACAAAGACACACACAGACCCAAAUCAAAAAACGGGGGUGAUGUCUCCACCCGGAGGGAACGCCCAGCUUAGCCUGGGACCAGUUCCAGGGUCAGGCACUUUGCAACAAGCCAAUCAAGGUCAGGACAGUUAAGAAAAGACAGUUCCUGUUGUUGUUUUUUUUUAAUUUGUAAUCAUUUAUCAUCAGUAAAACCCAGACACUCCAGCAGGUCCCCAUUUCAGGUUCUCUGGCUUAGGCUAGACUUCUCGUGGCUCAGAGUCCUGACCCUUAUCACAGUGGCUCCAGGAGGCAUCCCAGUUCAUCCUGUACCUCCCUGUGUACUGGGCUGUGAGCUCCCACCAAAGUGCACACUCUGAAUUUCAUGAACGAGCCUCUUGGACUACUCUGCCUCAGAGGAAGCCUGUUCCUUCUGAACCACAGCCCUGCUGUUAGCUGGAAAGUUAUCCUAGUGCUCAUCACUAGGUUCAUUGUGACCCUAGUGCUGACUCAGCCAAGGGGAAAAAUCUUCACUCCAGCUUUUCUCACUGUGGGGCCUGGGCUGAGCUCAUAAAGCGAAGAAAGAGCACCUCCGAACCCACAUACCCAGGACUGUCCCCACCUGCCGUCACUCUCCUGUGUGCACCUCUGAUGACGUUAAAGCAUGAUUCACCUGCAACUUUGCUCCAGUGGUUUUUCAUUCUUACCCAGGAGCCUUUUUGUCAAGUGGAACUUAAACAGAACACUUAAACAUGCAAAUUAACCUUCAAGACCCUGAUGCUGGGAAAGAUAGAGGACAGGAGAAUGGGGUGACAGAGGAGGAGAUGGUUGGAUGGCAUCACUGACUCCAUGAACAUGAGUUUGAAUAAGCUCCAGGAGAUAGUGAAGGACAGAUAAGCCUGGCAUGCUGCAGUCCACAGGGUCACAGAGUCCAACACAACUGAGCCACUGAACAACGACCUUCAUGACCUAACGUUCAAAGUUCUGGAGGCAAAAUGAUGCCGAGAGUCACAUCUUAAACAAAUACCAGCUUGAUUUAGCGAUUCGGGUGGCUUUCAUGUGCUAGGUGGGCCUGCAGGUCAAUACACUGGUCCACUGGUCACAGCAGCACCCAAGGCCUGCACAUCUGCUGUGUGCGCCCAGGUCCCAUCCCAAAGCCAUCACAGACCUCCCAGGUGGGGGAGGGAGGGGCGGACCUCCACAGUGCUGCGGGGGUGUGGGCAGGAGGAACACAAGCUUAGAGGAAGGAAUUCAGAACUGAACCGAGGAGGCAGACAUGUCUGGCUUUAUGCUGGAGGUUCUGGACGUUUCUUAACUGGAAGUAACAAGACCUU